UACAGGAAGUAGCCGGAGCUCGGCCGCACAGCGCUAGUCGGUGUAGCUUCAAUAGAGACCAAACUGUGUCUCUAACGGAGUAAACAAUGUCCACAUGAAGCUGUCUGAAGAGACUCUGUGCUGCUCACUUUAUUUAGAAAACGUUUAAUAUGUGAGUUAUCUCCUGGAAGCUAAUGUUAGCCGCGGAGCUAAUGGAGUUAGCUUAGCGUGCUAACUGGAAAUAGAAGAAACGUGAUUUAAAGUUUGAACAGAGUUUGUACCGGAGGAUAAAGUUCCUGUGAAUGAGAGAAAAUGUCUCACCAACUACUGGACGCUGCUUUAAAGGCUGAAGUCCGGAUACACAGAGCAGACGUCCAGCUGCUGUCGGUGAGUAAAGAAGAGGAUCCUCCUGAGCAGCAGCAGUGGAUGAGGGAUCCACCAGAGCUGCCACACAUUAAAGAGGAGGGGGAGGAACUCUGGACCGGUCAGGAGGAAGAGCAGCUUGGAGGGCUGGAGGACGCUGAUAUCAUCAAGUUCACAUUCUCUCCUGUCUCUGUGAAGAGUGAAGAAGAGGAGGAAGAGAAACCUCAGCCCUCACAGCUUCAUCAAACUGAAGAGAACAGAGAUGCAGAAGCUGAUGGAGAGGACUGUGGAGGACCAGAACCAGCCGGGAACUCAGAUCCAGGUAGUCAUUUACAGUCUGAUCCUGAUGAUGAGAGGUCUGACUCCUCUGAGAGUGAGACUGAUGACAGUUGUGAUUGGGAGGAGACCAGGGAACCUCAGUCAGGUUCAAAACCUCAGAAAAACACUGAAGAACCAAAAACAUCAGUCAGCUCCUCUGAAUGUGAUACCAGCUCUGACCACAGGGGACAUCAGCAGAAACACAUUGGAAUUAAAUCAUUCAGUUGCUCUGUUUGUGGUAAAAGAUAUUCCCAGAAGACCUCCUUAAUGAAUCACACGAGGCUUCAUUCAGAGGGAAAACGUUUCAGCUGCUCACUUUGUAAAAAAACGUUUCAGUCGAAAGGAGCUGUUGUGACGCACAUGAGAAUCCACACAGGGGAGAAACCCUUCAGUUGCUCUGUCUGUGGUAAAAGUUUCUCACAGAGCUCAACUUUGACCUCACACUUGAGAGCUCAUACAGGAGAGAAACCUUUCACAUGCUCAGUUUGUAAAAUAAGUUUUGGUGACAAACGCACUUUGACCAGGCACAUGAGAGUCCACACCGGGGAGAAGCCAUAUAGUUGCUCAGUUUGCCGUAAAGUAUUUGCGCACGCGGGAAAUCUGAGACGACACUCGACCGUCCACACGGAGGACAAACCAUUCAGCUGUUCAGUUUGUUGUAAAGGAUUUGGAGAUAGGGGAAAUCUGAGACGACACACGAGGAUCCACACGAGGGAGAAACCGUUUAGUUGCAGCGUUUGCGAUAAAAGUUUCACUCGGCUCUCUCACGUCAAAGAACACCGGUGUGUCGGUGAGAGCGGAAGUAAAUAAAGAUGAUUGUGGAGACGACGAAGGAUUAAUGUACUGAAUUCAAAACUGUGACUCCUUGAUUUUAUUUUCGUGUCUACGUCAUUUUGUAAUUUUCCGUUAAAAUGGCUUUUGGGUAUUACAUGUAUUAAAUGAUUAAGAUUAAUCAUUAAGGUCAUUUUAUUUUAUGUAAAAUGUGAUUUAUAAAAGAAAUUGCUUGAUUUUUCUCCCAAUAAUAGUCUUUUUUGUGCUCAUAUUGUAUUUGUGAUAUUUUGUUAAAACUGUUCACAUUGUUCAGCAGCUGGUGUGUUGAAUAUACCAGUUUGUUUUAAAAGAAUUGGUUCAGAUUUCUGUACAUCAUCAGCUAUGAUUCAUUAAAUGUGCAGAGAAGUUGAUGUUUUGAACUUAUCAAUAAUAUUCUCUCGGCUUUAACAUGUAUUUUCAUUUAUUUUAAUAAAGUUUUGUUCAACCAGAGCUAAGAAGUAAAUAA